ACAAAGACCGUUUAUUCACCUCUCCAUUUUAAAGGCAUCAUUUAAAUCUCCUGCCAGUCUGCAGAACUUCUGUACUCGCUGCUGGACAUCAGAGAUUUGCUCAUGUGCUGCAAGUUGUUUCUGUUCAUUCACUGAAGAGAUAACUCUCGAGACAUCUCCUUAUCCAGUUCAUCGUUGGGAGGUCAGAGAUCGCUCAUUAUGAGUCUCCUAACACAGACAUGGCUGACAGGACUAGCUUUAGUGUUUUUGUCUCCGAGCAUGCUCCCCAUGGCCCUCUUUAACUCCACUGACCUGAGCGCUCUGCUGAAGAAGUAUAUGGAUGAGGAUGAGGAUAGAGAGAUGAAGCCGAGAAGAAAGAGAGCCAUCAGCUCCAGCGAUAUGCAGGCCAUCCUGGACCUUCACAACAAACUGCGGGCUCAGGUCUACCCCCCUGCAUCUAAUAUGGAGUACAUGGUGUGGGACACUGAGCUGGAGCGGACUGCAGAGGAAUGGGCCGAGACGUGUCUGUGGGAACACGGCCCAGCAGGCCUACUGCCUCAGAUUGGACAGAACCUGGGAGUUCACUGGGGGAGGUACCGCCCCCCCACCUCUCACGUUCAGGCAUGGUAUGACGAAGUGAAAGAUUACUCCUUCCCAUACCCUCAGGAGUGUAACCCUCACUGCCCGUUCACCUGCACAGGCCCAGUCUGCACGCAUUACACUCAGCUGGUGUGGGCAACGAGUAGUCGGAUUGGCUGUGCCAUCAACGUGUGCUACGAUAUGAAUGUAUGGGGACAGAUUUGGGCAAAAGCUGUUUAUUUGGUCUGCAAUUACUCACCAAAAGGGAACUGGUGGGGACAUGCACCAUAUAAACAUGGCACCCCGUGCUCAGCCUGCCCACCCAGCUACGGAGGAGGGUGCAGAAACAAUCUCUGUUACAAAGAUGAUAGCAGAUCUACAGAACAUUCUCAUGUUGAGACUGAGGAAAAUAACUCUAUAGAGCCUGAAGCCCCCCGCAGCCCAAAAACACCCAGAUGGCCCGACACAGAGGGGGACAGGAACGGGGUGGAGAGCACAGAACAGAUGUCUCAGCUUGUUUCAUGUGAUACAAAACUACGAGACCAGUGUAAAGGCACCACCUGUAACAGAUAUGAGUGUCCAGCUGGAUGUUUGGAAAGCACUGCAAAAGUGGUUGGAACAGUUUACUAUGAAAUGCAAUCCAGCAUCUGCAGAGCAGGCAUCCAUCAUGGAGUGAUUGACAAUGAGGGAGGCUGGAUGGAUGUCACAAGACAAGGCAGGAAGGAGUUUUUCAUCAAAUCCAACAAAAACGGAGUCCAGUCUGUUGGAAAGUACCAGAGUGCCAAUGCCUUCAUAGUGUCCAAAGUAAUUGUAAAAGUGAUCACGUGUGAGACCACAGUAGCUAUGCUGUGUCCGUACAAGAAACCUGCCAGACACUGUCCUAGAAUCUACUGUCCUCAAAACUGCCUGCAAGAAAAUCAUCAGAUAUCCAGAGUAAUUGGGACCGGAACCUAUUCAGAUAAAUCCAGCAUAUGCAGAUCAGCAGUGCAUGCAGGUGUGAUAAAGAAUGAACUGGGAGGAUACGUGGAUGUGAUGCCCACCAACAACAGAAAACAGUAUUUCAGCUCCUACCAGAAUGGAAUUUACUCAGAAAGUUUGCAGAAUCCUCCCGGAGGAAAAGCGUUCCGUGUAUUUGCUGUGAUCUGAUCUGAAUCUGUUCCAGAGUCUCAGACUGCUGUUGAUUAGACUCUUACUGUUGCAGUAGAGCAUUUGUGCUGGACCUGUAGAUCCAGUCUGGGGCACAUUGAUGUAACAGCUUAUUGAGCUAAGUACACUUAAAACAGCAGGAGGCUGGGCAGUUUUGCUUCAUAGACAUUUUGUACCUGUUUAGUGAUGCACACUGCUGUAAGAACUGGCAGUUUCAGUUUAUCAUCUUCUUACCUUUAAGGCAUGUAACUAGCGGGCAGUACAGGGAAUAUGAUAUGGAAAUUAGUACAUUAACUUAAAGGAAUAAUUCACUUUGUAUAGCUUAUUACUCACUUACAUGGGCCAGAAACUUUUAAAAGUUGUACUGAACAAGGAUGUUACUUAUAAACAGAAGAAAUUAUACAUUUAUAGGAUUUUGAACCCUCAGGGCCUUCUAGUUCUUUACAGAAAGCCUUAUGAUUUCUAGGAACAAAAAAGUGGCCUUCAUUAAUAUUCAUAUUCAUCAUUAUUCAUAAAAUGAGCGCAUGCAAAUUUAACAGUGUUAUUUUCAUCAGUUUCAUCUUUGGCAAAGCUGUACAAUCAAACAUCAUCUACUAGGAGCACAUGUACACUUUUAGCAUGAUAGU